GGUGGGUUUGCUUGAAACUAGAAAAGCUUUAUUAUUACAGCCUUUAUUUUGUAAAAUGGUCUUUUGUGUCUUUUCUGGUUAUUCCUUCGCCUGCUGCACUUACAAAGUAACGGCGAAGUCUAUAUAAAGCGUUUGGUACUAGUUACAUAAACCAACAAAACAACUGAAAAAAAAAAAAAAAAAAAAAACCUCAAAGUGCUAUGCGGAGCGGCUCCUUGGCUUCCGUUCGUCUCUGCAGUCCUCCAACAUGUUCUGUUAUGCAUCGUCAAGGGCUGGUGGACACUGCCAUCGAGCAUUUAAUGAUCAGAAAAGAUUUCCACUCCGCGUUUGACACGUGUGAGAAGGGAUUGGACAGUUUAGCUGCUUCUGACGCGCAAGACGAAACAUGUUCCAGAUAUGGAGAUUUGAAAGAAGCGCUUUGUAUAGUUGGAAUUCAAGCUUUGGCUGAACUGAACCAGUGGCAGGAUGUCUUCCCUUGGGUCUUGCAACACUAUGGUGAAACUGAGAAAAUUCCUGCCAAGAUUAUGCAGCUGUGCAUUCUCCUUUACACCAAAGUUGCGGAGCAGUCAGCCAUGCAGGAGUCAGUCCGCUCGUGGCUCCGCUGUUUUAGUAACAUGAGCCAGUCAGGGUUCAGCAGUGUGGCAGAGCUCUACAUCCUGCAUGUUCUGCUGCCACUGGACCAAACUGCUGAGGCUGAGGAGCUGCUGGAGGAUGAGGUAGGACAGGUUGCUUUUACCGAAGACCAGAGACAAACCGCGUUGACCAUAAUGAAGAGUCAUGGUGCCAAAGCGGAACCUCUUUCACAUCCUAACACUCAACCUGACCCUGUGGAGGCAGAGAUGGUUUUUAAGCCUCAAGGUUCAUUGGCGCGGCGGUUGAAUGCUAUUAUGAAGUUGUUGUACAGGGGCCUGUCCAUGGCCAGCAUCAUUGUCAGCUCCCAUUCUCUGCGCAGAGUUGUUAUGCUCCUGUUCCUGCUGUACCUGAUACUCGUACGCAUGGACCCAGCUUUGCCCUUUGCUUACCCCUGGAUCCUCCGGCUGUAUGGACUCUUCCAACAGAUGCGGAAUGCCAUGUUUGGACCAUACUACAGGGUGUUUUCCUAGGGGUUUUGCACACAAGCACUUAAAGAAACAGAAUGAUGCAAUGCAGACUAAACACUGUAUGUGAGUGUUGUCAACACAGCUAUGUGUUUGCUUUAGAGUGCUUACAUAUAAAAACUGCUGAUAAGUUGUCAGAUUGCAUGUUGUUAAUGACUUUUCAUGUCAGAAGUGUCUGCUUAUGUUUGCUGCAGGAGAAAAAUGUAACUAUCAUGUUGUUCUUAAUAUUCUCUGGAGUCAGUGGAAAUCUGUUCCUGGGAGAUUAAAUGUUUAAACAUUUUGAUUUUUUUCUCUGUAUAACAUCUCUUGUAACUAAAUUAAAUCGAAGCACAUCAUUAAAAUGCAUGGGCUAUUAUUAAUAAUUUAUGUAAUAUAUGUGUAUGUAUGUUUCUUUUUUUGGUAGUGCAAUAAAGUAAUCAUAAACUGUUAAA